CAGGCGUUCUGCCGGCAGCUCCCCGCCCGCUCUCCGCUCCGAGCGCCGCCGCCUCGCCCCCUCCUCCCCUCACGGAUGCCACGGCCCGCACGAAAUUCAAACAAAUGCUUCAGCUUCUUAUUCCUGCCUGCUGACAACACCAGGGUGGCCAUGACUCAACCCAGCUUCCAGGACUGAGGGGCAGAGGUGGUGAGAGAUCUGUCUCAGGGUGAGACCCCACAACGGUGCCAAUGGAAAGCACGUACUCGAUGGAGCCUGCACCUGAUGGUGCUGGCCUCACCUCGCUGGAUGUGCUCAUCUUCCUGGACGCCCCGGUGAACAGCACGGAGGAGCAGUGCUUCAGCGCCCGCUCCCGCAGCACUGUCCUGGAGGGGCUGCCCUUCGGUGGCGUGCCCACUGUGCUCGCCAUCAACUUCAUCCUGUGGCUGCUUCUCCUUCUGGUCUUCUCAUGUCUUCGGAAAGCAGCCUGGGACUACGGGCGCCUGGCACUGCUGAUGGACAAUGAUAGCCUGACAUCGCUUUUCUAUGGAGAGCAGAGCGAGAAGGAAAAGUCCCCAUCAGAGAGCAGCCCUCUGGAUGCUGACAACAAGGAUGUGGGAUUCUGUUCCUGGCUUCUUUCUAUCUACCAGAUGAAGGAUGAGGAGAUUCAGAGCAAGUGUGGGAUCGAUGCCACCACCUACCUCUCCUUCCAGCGGCACCUCCUGGUCCUGCUGAUGCUGGUUUGCGUGCUCUCCGUGGCUGUCAUCCUGCCUGUCAACUUCUCAGGGGACCUCCUGGGACACAAUCCCACCCACUUUGGCCGGACAACCAUCGCAAACAUCCCAACUCAAGACCGUCUCCUGUGGCUGCACAGCAUCUUUGCCCUCCUCUAUUUUAUCUUCACCAUCCUUUGCAUGGCUCACCACUCUGUCCACCUAGAAUACAGAGAGAAUGAGAAGAUCGCCCGGACACUGAUGGUUACCCACAUCCCCAAGGAGAUCACAGACCCUUCACUUAUCAUCAAGCAUUUCCAUGAGGCUUAUCCCAGCUGCACCGUCACCAACGUCCAGUUCUGCUUUGACGUGCGCAAGCUGAUGAAGCUGGAUGCGGAGAGGCGCAAAGCAAUGAAGGGGCGGCUUUACUUCACCACCAAGGCGCAGAAAGAGGGGAAGAUCAUGAUCAAAACUCACCCCUGCGCCCGCAUCUUCUGCUGCCACUUCUGUGGCUUUGAUGAGGUGGAUGCUGAGCAGUACUACGGGGAGCUGGAGGAGAAGCUCACAGAUGAGUUCAAUGCGGAGCGCAACCGCAUCACACUCAAGCGGCUUGAUGUGGCCUUCGUCACCUUCCAGGACGAGCGGAUGACAGCUGUGAUUUUGAAGGACUACAGCCACAUCCACUGCCGCAAGCACCCCCAGCAGUCCUCUGUCACCACUGUGGUCAAGUCACACCACUGGGGAGUUCGCUAUGCCCCUGCACCCAGCGAUAUCAUCUGGGAAAAUUUAUCAGUCCGUGGCACAUCAUGGUGGGUGCGAUUCAUUCUGCUUAAUAUCUGCCUGUUCGUCCUUCUCUUCUUCCUCACUACACCAGCCAUCAUUGUCAACACUAUGGACAUGUUCAAUGUCACACACCCUGUGGAGAGUCUCAAGAACCCUAUCAUCACCCAGUUUUUCCCCACGCUGCUGCUCUGGGCCUUCUCAGUCUUCUUGCCCUUCCUUGUCUACUACUCAGCAUUCUUCGAGUCUCACUGGACAAGGUCAAGUGAAAAUCAGAUCACCAUGCACAAGUGCUUCUUCUUCCUGGUGUUCAUGGUUAUCAUCCUGCCCUCUCUGGGUCUGAGCAGCCUGGACCUGUUUUUCCGCUGGCUCUUUGACACCCACUUCCUGGAUGAGGCUGAAAUCAAGUUCCAAUGUGUUUUCCUCCCAGACAAUGGCGCCUUCUUUGUCAACUAUGUGGUCACCUCCAGCCUGAUUGGGACGGCCAUGGAACUGCUGCGCAUCCCAGGCCUCCUGGUCUAUACUGCUCGCCUCUGCUUUGCCAAGUCUGAACCCGAGCGGCUCCAUGUCAAGCGGAGCCAAGCAUACCAGUUCCAGUUUGGACUAGAGUACGCCUGGACCUGCUGUAUCUUCUCUGUUGUCAUGACCUACAGCAUCACCUGCCCCAUCAUCGUCCCCUUUGGAUUGCUGUACAUGCUGCUCAAGCACAUGGUUGACCGGUACAACAUCUACUACGUGUACAUCCCCACCAAACUGAACCAGCGCCUCCACGUCGCCGCCAUCAGCCAGGUCGUGGUGGCCCCCAUCCUCUGCAUGUUCUGGCUGCUCUUCUUCUCCGUCCUGCGCCUCGGUCCCACUCGGCCUGUCACCCUCUUCACCUUUGUGGUCCUCCUUUCCUGCAUCAUUUUCUCCUUCUUUGGCCUCUGCCUGAAGAAGCUGCAGCCACGGAAACCGUCUAGCUACCAGAUGUCUGACCAGUCAGAGGGCGCAUUCAAUGACGUGGAGCGGAGCAGCGUUUCCUCCACUCCAAACUCCAAUCUCUUUGUGGCCACUGUCCUGCAGGAGCCUGAGCUGAGCCUGACACCGGCAGCCUCUCCGGCACACCAGUCCUAUGGCACCAUGGGCAACCACCUGGAGCCGGCGGAGGAUGGGGAGGAUGGGGGGCUGCAGAGCUUCGAGACAGAGCUGGAGACAGUGGAGGGCGAGUACAGGAGCGGCCCCGUGAUAGAGAGCCAGGCUCGCUACCAGUGAACAUCCCCGCCACAGGCUGAGAACAGACUGUGCUGAGAGCAGAGAAUGUGCCAUGGGGCAGGAAGGAGCCUUCCCUGCACUGCUGGGGGCUACCUUGCCAAUGGGGCAGGGGAUGACAGGACUGACGUGAGGGAGACGCCAUUGCAUGGGCAGUGGCAGGAGGCUCGGAUGGUCCCUCCCGCUGCCUGCACUGGCUGAGCCCCCUAAUGUGCCCCUGUUCCCAUCUGCC